AUGUCAUUUGCGACAAAUGCAAUGAAUUUGUCUCUCGAAAAGAAAUAUUUUAUUCUUUUACAAGUAUUAUGUUAUAUUCCGCUCUCCAUGAUACGAAAAAUACAUCGACUAUCAUUUACAGCUUUGAUAGCAGAUGCUUUCAUUCUAUUCGGAUUAUUAUACUUGUAUUAUUAUGAUCUUUUAGUAUUAACAACAAGCGGAGUGGGGGACAUUAAGUUGUUCAAUCCACAAGAUUUUGCUUUAUUUAUUGGGACGGCAGUCUUCACUUUCGAAGGAAUAGGAUUGAUCAUUCCAAUAACCGAGUCAAUGAAAGAUCCGGAAAAAUUUCCCAAAGUUCUCACUGGAGUGAUGAUAUUCGUCACUAUUCUUUUUACCUCGAUCGGAGUUCUUUCGUAUGCAGCUUUCGGCAGCGAGAUUAAAACCGUUGUAAUACUUAACUUGCCGUCGGAUGAUCGUGUGGUACAAAGUGUACAACUUCUGUACGCUUUAGCUAUUUUACUUUCCAUACCUUUGCAACUUUUCCCUGCAAUUAGGAUUAUGGAACAAGGAUUAUUCACGAAAAGUGGAAAAGCCGAUCCUUGGGUAAAAUGGCAAAAGAAUUUGUUUCGAGUUAUUGUUGUCCUCUUUUGUGCAUUGAUUGCAUGGGGUGGUGCUAGUGACUUGGAUAAAUUCGUUUCUUUAAUUGGAUCUUUUGCAUGUGUACCACUCUGCUUCCUCUACCCGCCUUUAUUCCAUUUCAAAGCAUCAGCCGAGACGUUCUAUGCUAAACUUAUCGAUGUUCUUAUGAUUUUAUUUGGAAUAAUUGCCUUGGUCUACACAAGUUAUAUCACUAUGAAAUUAUGGUCCGAAGAAUAA